GUAAAUUUCACAAAGACAAGUCAUAGCAUCACAUUGUACACAGAGGAGAGAGAAGAAAGAGGAACAAGGACCCAAGAUGCCACUAUAUGAAAUGUUUUGUAUCGCCGUUCAUAAUCAAAGAUCUCCCACCAACUUGAGACAACUCGUCGAUACGCUUACCAACACCGUUCAUAGGUCAGGAGGAGUGGUACGGAAAAUACAAAAUUUAGGACUUGGUUUGACUUUACCGGAAAGGAUGAGAGCCCAUCAACAAUAUCAUACUCAUGGAGAUCAUUUUGCUUUACAUUUCGACGUUUCACCUCUAGUGCUCCGGACGAUAAAUGAAACUAUGAGACGAGAUCCUAUGGUCAUCCGAUGGACAAUAUUGAAGAAAGGCGAGAAAGUGGCCGAUUUGGGUGUACUCAACGAAACGAGCAUACGUAGUGUUCCUGUGCCGAGAGACGAGUUGGUAUACCAAGCUCCAUUUCGGUAUAGAAGAUCAUGAUGAAUUAUUAUCUUUG